CACGGAACUAUAUCGUUUGCAUUUGUGUACUUAUCUGUUUAUUGCUUAAUAGUCAUAAAAUUGUAACGUUUUCUUUAGCAAGUACAAAUAUUUUCAUAACUCAUCCCUAAACAAAUUGACGCAUCUGCCAAAGUUACGUAAUUUCGGACAGAUCAAUAUGUCCGAAACAUUAUAAUGAUGUAAAUGCGAUGAUAAUUUGACAGCUAUCGAAUGCCGGCUGUCAGUACUGAUUGAGACCAUGCUAUAUCCAAUUUUCUAUCGGAACAAUAUCUUCAUACACAAAGAAAAAUAUUAAAAUACGAUUUUAUAUUUUUUAAAAAUAAUAAUAAAAUGGCGGCGGAUUUGAAACGGCUGCAUUGUUUGAAAUUAAUUUUAAUAGGAAUUGUUACUUUUAUGUUAAUCGAUUUGUUAGCAGCACAACAAUACAGAGGUCGCUCCAGGUUUCCGACAAGAUGGAAUCCUGGAAAUUUACCUCAAAGGUCAAGGUCACAGUUCAGUCACAGAACAAUACGAAUACAGAAUCCACUUCGAGGCAGCAUCACGACACCAAGGUAUAGACCAAUCAGAACACAGGAAACUUUUGCCGCUCGAAAUGCAAUCCGCUCUCAACCAAUCAGAACACACGGAAGAUUGUCUGACCUUAGCAGAGGUCAACAUCGACCAAUCAGCUUCCAGUUACCUCGACUCAGUGAAGUGAAUGUUCCUUCUGUUCAACGGUCGCGGAUCCAAGAAAGAGGUAAUAACAAUGGACCGAUGUACAUGAUGUCAAGGUCACAAAGUUUGCAGCAGACACAACGGAGACAAAUGAUAAGCGAUCAAAUGACUAGACCACGUGAUCAACUUAGACAGCGCAUUGCAACACGACAGCAGCAGCAGCAGUUCCAAACGAGGUCGGCAGGUGCUAAUAGAAUACCACAACGCGCCCUCGUACAAAGUCAACGAUCGGGCGGUAUUCCUAAUAUUGACUCACACAACCGCAGAAGUCCACAGGCGAGAAUAAUAUCUGGUCUACCAAGAUUAAGCAUUUCGCCGAUUCCACGACAACCAAGCAUCUCUGUGUCACAGAUUUCCAGAAGGAGGCUCAGCAGUCAAGGUAUUCAAAGCUUGAGGCCAGAUCAGCAAACAAAACGUGUUCCGACUAACAUAUUGCGACAGAGUUCAGUGGUGUCUUCAAAUCGAAAUCUGCCACGUGUUGUUUCCAGGGUAAAACCAAAAAUAUCGCAAGAAAAUCCAUUGAUUGUAUCUACAGUGCAGAAACCUCAAGGUGUUAAUACAAUAAAUCUACAACCGAUAAUCGGAACACAUCAACAAUUUACCAAUCUUGUUCCUCAAACUCAACACCAGACGAGUGCUUCCCAUCAGCAGACCCAAGUAGUUGUACCAGAAAGCCAACCAGUCCACACAGUUGCACUGCAAACACAACAACAGACGCCAGUUAUCGCGACAAAAGGUCAAUCGGUACUCAUUGCUACACCGGAAAUAAAGCAGCCGACAUUACAAGUGAACCAGGUGACCGGGAAUAUAGCUGUUCAGCAAGCGAUCACUGCUCAAGGAAACACUGCUUUACUACAAGGUGUUGGCCAAAGUGUCUUGCCAGUAGACGUUCCCAAUGCACAACAAAGUACGGUUCAAUAUAUCCCGGUUGCAGGUAGCGCGGCCGUUCAGACACCCGGAACCAAUCCUUCAAGCGUUGGGUCAUCUGAUAUAGUCUUUGAGGAGCUUGUAAAUGCUUUCACGGCUGUUUUAGAGAACCCGACUGGUCAACAGACGCCUGCAGUCCAAACAAAUCCGAUUGUGCAUAACAUGCAUCCUCAGACAGCGUUACAGAGCACCAUACAAAUACAUCCACAGUCUCAGGGAGUUCUACAACACGGAGGAAUUGUUCAGUCGCAGCCAGGUAUUGUACAACACGGAGUUAUGCAACACGGAGGAUUUGUCCAGCCUAUGACUGCAAUGCAUAAUGGAAUGUUUGGUGGCCACAUGCACGGACACCAAUUUGGUUUCAUGAAUCCAUGGAUGAUGGGAGGCAUGGAUUCAGCAAUGAUGCAGGAAAUGAUGUUCGGGGAUACCACAGACCCUCCAGACCCGGUUGCUACAACUACAACGGCUGCUCCGACAGUUGCGGCAGCCCCAGAUCUCAGUGCCAAUAAUACUUCUCCUAUUCUUGCUAUGGUGAAUACAUCUGCGGUAUCACAAGCAUCAAAUCAACAUAUAAAUGUCUCUACAAAAGGUGUUGUUGAUUUAACAUCAAAGCCUUUGUCCGCAGGCACCUCUAUAACUGUUACUCAACCAGAAGUAGCGACACCAGUGAAGACCUCUGUAGACAUAGUCCAGGUAGCAGAACAAAAGACGCCAGUUGUUGCUGAUAUGUUGAACGCUGAUGUUACGUUAGUGUCCAAUGUUAUUCCAGAGCGAGUUAACGUCAUGACAGUCCCUGAUGCUAUGCAAGGUCCAGUUGCAACAAAUAUACAUCAAAGUGAGCUUGCACAUGUAGCCGCAAAAGCUGACAUUUCAAUUACGCCCGAGGUUAUUCCUAACACUAUUGGCGUACUGAAGGUUCCUGAUGGUGUUCAAAGUCCAGUGCAAGCAGACAUACAUCAAACAAAGCCUGCACCUGUAGAAUCUGGUGCUCAAACUGACAUCGUGAUUAAACCAACAUUGCAACCUGCAAUCACUAAAGCUUCGAUGACCUUGGAGGAAAAACUAAUGGCAGAAGUUAAAGCUAUGUUAGCGAAUACACAAGUUGACAUGUCGAUGAUCUCUCAAGUAGUUGGGCAAGUUGCCAACGAACUUAGUGGAGCAGCCGUGGAACACUUACCGUCCGCCUCGCAGCUUGGCCUUGAAACGCUUGUCCCCGAUCCUUCCGCGAAGAAAUUAUCGAAGAAGGAGAUUGUUAGUGAAUUAAUUGGCUCUACUAGAGGAGUUGUUGUGUACCCACCAACCCCACCUUCAGUAAAUGUCGAGUUAAGAGCAAAGGAGGUUCAAGCAAACGUCAUUAUUAAAACCAAACAGAUGCCUAAUGUUGUCCAAAAUGACACUUCAACAGGCUUGAGGUCUGAGAAACUUAUCUUAAAAGAAAAGAAAAUGCCACAUAUAACGCCUGCCGUCCCUGCAACUACCAAACUUCCUCCGCAUGUAGACAUUCCAACACUUCCUCCCAAGACCGGAAAUAUUGAUCAAUCACCGGAAGUUUACAGAACGCUUCAGACUAUCUUGGAUCAUAACCCAUCUGCACUCGUAAAAGUUCUUGAUAACACAGCCGUGCCUAUAACACCAGGGCCUAAGAUAAGUGUUAAAAGCCUUGUUGACAUAGACCCUCAAAGCAAUCUGCCUAACUUACAAUCUAUUCUUACUGACAUAUCAACUGCUAAUAAAACCAACAUCUCAAAUAAUACCUCAAACACACCUCAACUUAGAAAAACUGAAACCCGAUUUGAGCCAAUUGUGAAUACAUUAAAUGGCGGAAACAAAGAAAAUAGUUCUUCAAUGUCAGAUUUGCCUAAAAUGAAUGAUAUGAAAGUACAACCACUUAUGGACGGAGCAUCAUUGAUUAAAGGGAAUGAUAUCACAUAUGAAGCAUUUUCAUCAAAUUUACCCACAAUGCCUUUUUUACCAGCAAAAAAUGCGGAUACAACAGAUAGUGCGCCUCCUACAGAUACUGUGGCUCCUACAGAUGCUGCGGCUCCUACAGAUACGAUUCCACUUGCAGAAACUCAGGUUCCAACCACCCCCGGUCCAAUAUUCAAUGGAUCAGAAGAGGCAUCUUCAACCACUGACCAGACAUGGAGUUUCAGUACUGUUUCCCCCUUUGUUAACGCUGAAACCACGACUGACGUAUCCAAAUCUGCUACUACAGCAAACGCUGAAGGCGUUCCUGUGAAUGUAUCAGAGCAUGUGAAUAUAAAUGCGCCAAAGCUAGCAAAUAUGGAGGGCGUACCUGUACAUAUGGAGCGAAUACCAACUACAGAACAUUCUCCUGAAAACUUAGACGCAACUGGUGCUUUAUCUAUUCUACAGGAGAUCAAAUCUUUCGGUCCAAACUCAUCGUCUAGUAAACAUGAUGCUAUUGCAAAUAAACUUUCUGAUCCUGAUUAUGUGAACAUGUUACGAGAUUUGUUAAAAGCUAUGAUGAGCAAAGCAAGUGUUACAACGACUCCGGUGCCAUUAUGGACCGAUGCCCAAGAAUUCUUCACUACGUCAUUUCCUGUCUCUACUACGAAUUUACCUAUCUCCUCGACUGAAGAAUAUGAAGCGGAAGAUUUUAUAACAGAAACUCCUGCUCCAUGAUUUAUUCCAUUUGAGAAAUAAGUUUUUAACUGUGUGUGUGGUAAUGAUGAUGAUGAUGAUGAUGAUGAUAUUGGUUCCUGGAACUCAUUCUGUCAGCUUAUUAAACGAAAUAAUCUGAUUUUGAAAUAACUGAAUGAAUAUUCAUUUUAAGAAAUCUAUUACAGAUCAUGUAUUUGGGUUUUUUUAUUGUUAAUAUAAUCAUGUGUCUCAUCUCUUUGUGGAAAUUUUCAGAAGUUUCAUUCUUCUAUACAGGCUACAAGAGCUUCAUCGAUUUUAUAGGUCGCCUUGGAAUCAUAUUUGUUCAUUUUAUGAUAUUCUUAGUUGUUCUUAAGUAAACCUUAAACCUAAGUAUUUUCAUUGAGAUAAUUUAUCUCCAAAUUUUGAACUUGCUACUAGUUAUUGCCGUUGAAGUUAGUUUUCUUCAUUUACUUACAUUUUAAUAUAGUUAAUAUGGUUCAACAUUGGCAUGAAAGCCAGUUUACCACUCGCACUUGUUUUUACAGUGAAGCAUGCGUUUACAGUUAGUUUACCACAGAAGCUGGUUCACCACUUUACUUUACAUGCUGGGAAAAUUGUCGUCUGCUCAAAUGUCGCCAGCAUUUUUGAUCUGAUACCAAGCCAUUAUUAUCACUCUCAGCAAAUUAAGGGUUUCAGUCACUGUACCAAUUGUUAUGAUUUAUUUACUGCUAUAAAAGAUGUAUACAUGACAAGUUCAGUAUUUCUACCAUAUUUAUUCAUCAGUCAUACUUUUGCCAUAUUUGUCUCUAUUUAUACAUUUUUCAUUUUAUUUAUUUUCGUUAAUAUUAAAGUGUAUAAAGCUAUAUCUUUAAAACUGUCUUUUUUGAUUAACAUAUAUGCAUAUUGUAAGUAAACAGAAUGGAAGUUUCGGCAACAAAAUUUUAUGCGGCUAUUUUUAGUAGAGUUAUAUAACUAUUUAGAAAUGAUUGUGUGCACGCGCAUGCGCCAUUCACCUGAAAGAGGAUGCUUCCAAAAUACCUUUAUGGAAGUUUAUAAUGUUGCAUAUUUCUUUAAGAUUCAAACAAUGAUUUUGUCAUCUACAGGCAGCAGAUAUAUAGCUUUAUACACUUUGAGAUGUCAUUAUAAAAGUUUGUUAUGCAUUAAAUUA